AUGAGAGAGAAGAUGCUGGAGGACGUUGAAGAGAACUUCCUUCCAUGUGCGAAGCAUGAUGUGAACAACAAGACGACCUGCGAUCAACUCGCUGUGUACGCGAACUCGUGGGCACUGCGAAAAUUCCUCGAGUAUGAAAAUGUCCUCAGCUUCCGUCAGAAAUGGGCAGAGCGACAUCGAGAGCGUCUCUUUGUUCGGCUCACACUUCAAGGAUGGCGUGCUAUCAGUCGAUCAAGGCUUGCGAGGACGAAUGGAAGGUCAAGGAGACGAGCGAGAGCAGAAUCUUCGGGGGAGGACGAGUUCGACCCAGACGGGGAUGAACCUCAAGUGAACGAAGCCUUUGCUCGAUUGAGAUGGAGCACGUGUCAGAAAUCUCUCGCUCAGUGCCAGCAGAAGCUCUUCAGGACCUUGGAGAUCCGCCUGAGGACGAGGAGGUUACAGCUCCCUUUACAGGAAUGGAGGAGACUCCGAAUCAGGUCGUCGAAGUUGCAGCAGGUGGAGCAGCAAGUGACGCGCUCACGAUGGAAGGGAGCUGCUCAGUUUGCUUUGAGGGAAUGGAAGGCAAGAACACAAGACGCUCAUAAGUCCGUUGUUGUUGUCGAAAGAACGUUUGAUGUUGCGGAACAGUCGUGUUCUACAACAGGUUACGUGAAAGAUCUUAUGGAGGUUGAAGAAAGGUGUCACAACAUACAGAAGGUUCAGCAGCAUGUGAAGCAGCUGCAAGACAGCAUAUCUAAGUCACGAAGUCUCCGUCUGCAGGAGGCACCAACCACCUCUCCCUUCCCUAAUCCUGGCGGCACCGAGGAGUGUAGCAUGACACUGCUGCUGGAUGAACGAUGUUUGGUCGACCCCUUUCAACCCGACCGUUCAAGUUGUUCAGCAUUCAGCUCGCAAGGGUUCCAGUCUUGCGCUGCCGUGGCAAGGAGCAAGGAGCUGCUUGCGUUCGUUCCGAGCAGGAGGGAGAAGCCCAGGGGUCUGCCGGCAGGGAUCGACUUGCUUCUAGAGUGA